AUGGCCCAGCUCACUCAAUCGCUCGACUCCUACCAACAUCUCCCAGUCGUCAAUCGGGUCCCCAGUGAACUCUUGGGGCACAUAUUCUGGAUCUGCUCGCGAUGGAAGUACGACCCCGUUCUCACAAACAGACUUUCCUGGACACAAGUUUGCCAUCGUUGGCGAUCGGUCGCCCUUAAUUUUCCCCUCCUCUGGAACGACAUCGACCUCUCCCAUCGGCAAGUCAACCUCACUCGUCAAUUCCUGGACCUCAGCAGAAACACAACGAUUGCCAUAAACAAUCGCUCUUCAUCCAAUCGAAUCUCAUUCCCCGUCCACGAGGUGGUCUCUAGGGGCCAGACCAUCUCGCAUAUCGAUCUUCAGCUCAAUUACGUCGCCGUGUUGGAGUUGUUUUCGACUCUCACCUCAACUUCUAUCACACACUUGAGCCUCAAGUCGCCCAACUUCCGUGACCCUUCGGUGCCUCAAUGCCUUCAAAUCACUUUACCCAAUCUUCGGUUCCUCUCCCUCGACCGAAUCCCCAUCGCUUGGCACACGGCCUCUCUCAACAAUCUGAAUCACCUUUCCAUCAAAGGUCUACCCAAGAGCCGAAUGGCUUCACCUUCCCAGCUCCACCGAAUCCUUCUUCACUCCCCCCACAUCGAAUACGUCUACAUCAUUGGGAACCAAUUUCCUGAUACCGAUGAAACGAGUACUGAAGUUGGGGGAUGUGGCGGCGAUUAUGACACAGCGAAUCCCCCUCAAUUCGCCCUUCGCAAUCUGAAGGAGUUCAGUCUCGCUGCCCCCACGAGGGUGAUUUCGUUCAUCACCAGAUGCUUAGCCAUCCCUCGAGCUGUCGAACUCUCGUUCUUCGUUUCCGGUACGAGCUCCGACUCAGUUUCAUCCUUUUCUGAGCUCGAGGGACCUUCUUGGUUGGAGGAGGAUGAUUCACCUGGAGGCCCUGACUGGUCGCAUAUGACGCUUCGGUUGGAUGAAGGCUCCUUCAGCUUAUUCCCCCAAUCCACUAGGUGGGAUCCUGAAGUAGUUGGGUGGUCGCCAAUAUACCCCCAGUAUCAAACGACUGUGACCUUCCCUCGCCUGGCGAGCAAGACCAAGAAGCAGAUUCCUUUCCUCUCCAUGAUCGACUCGGUCCAUUCAUUCGUCGACCCUUUCCUUAUUCGCGAUCUCGAAGUCGACCUCGGUGCAUUUGAAGGGACACAGGAGAGUGAGCUUUACGCUUACAUAUCGCGAUUCCAGUCCCUUGAAAGCAUUUCCAUCGUGCCUACCCAUUAUACGCCGCCCGUUCAAUGUGCUAACUCCGAGGCCUUGUCGAUUCUUCUCGACAUAAUCUCUGAGGCGAAGGCUACCCCGUCCUUGAUGAAACUGGUCAUUGGGAAGCCCUCAUGUCCCUGGUACGACUGUAAAAAUGACUUACCUGCACUCAGCUUGGCGCUAAGGCGUAGGGCGCUGAUGAUUGGAGCCAAGCUCCCAGAAUUGCUCGUGUAUUCCUGCUUUGGCCUGGAAGGGACGGAUUCCAGUCAUUCCUUAGACGACAUUAGAGAGAAUGUAUCUGUCGUCAUCAUAAAUUGA